CGUUAGACCGUACGCCACGUUGGAUGGAAAAUGGAUUCGUUAACCGACGUUAAGGAGAACCUCGAUCAGUCAAUCCGUCUAUUGAGCCAGCAAAACAGCCAGCGGCGAACGUUUUUGAGGUUAAGCGGCCAGCGGAGCAGUACUCCGAGGAGGAUAUCGCUGCAAGCGGCCGGUCAGUCGCGCCGGGAUGCCGAUGACAAUAAGCAGACUCAACUUAGCGAUGUGUACAGCCCGGGACUCGCCGAUAGGAGUGCGUGCCCCGCGGGAUCCAGGCUGACCAAGCACAACGUGGAGCUCGACAUCUCGCUGACCCUCGCGCCCCACGAGAUACGCGACAUAAUGAUACGCUCAGAGAGGAACGAUAUCACCAUUAAGGAGAUGAUGGAAGACAGCACGUCGACCGGGGCGAUUCUCAAGGCGAACGAACCGUGGCGGGAGGCCAAGGCUAGGCUCUACUACGAUUUUUUGCAGAGCGUACAGGCCCAUUUCUCGGAGGCGCAGGUCUUUGACACCAUCGCGGAUUUUAUACAAAACUGCACCGACACGCUGGAUAUAAUGAGAGGUAUGCAAUCAAAAGUUGAAAACACGGAAAUAGCGGAAGAGGAAAUUUCUUUAGAAAGUGAAAGAAACACAUGGAGACUGAUAUAUUGUCUCUACCAGAAUCGUAUAAGUAGUGCCAGCAUAUCUACUCAAAUGGAACAUGAUGGGCUUGUAAGCAACAAUUAUAUCUCUGAGAAGGAUGUUAUAGAAAAUUUAUACAAGUCUGAGAGCUAUAUCAGGGAAUAUCAAUUGAUCAUUGACUGGUUAGAAAAGAAUGCUUUGGAUCAGGCUGACAGAUGUCCUUCAAUAGAGCUUUUCACCGAUAAAACAGUAGCCUGGGAAAAUACAGUUCAUCAAUUGCAUAAUAAAAGUUUAGGAAUUGCAUUUAGUUCAUCCAGACCAUUGGUAUCAUCCCUUGAUCCUGAUGCACCAAUAAGAGAAGGUAAACCAUUACAUGAUCUGGACAGAGAGGAUGAUGCCAGACUUGAAAAAAGAAUGUUCAUAGAGGUACGUUGUGGACGUCUUCAAAAAGCACAGUCAUUAGCCAUGCAUUGCGGUCAACCUUGGAGAGCUGCAUGUUUAUUAGGCUGGAUUCCUAAUCAUGAUCCAAAUUACACUAAUCCAUUGACAGACACUAAAUUACCAAUUGAAGGGAAUCCUAAUAGAAGUCUUUGGAAAUUGUGUGCCUGGGAACUAUCUCAAGAUAAACGCAUAGGUAUAUUCUAUCGUGCCAUAUAUGCAAGUCUCUGUGGCAAUGUCCAAUUGUUACUACAAAUAGCAUCGUCUUGGCAAGAUUCAUUGUGGGCAUAUGUGAAGAGUCUUCUAGAUAUCAAAGUCGAGUCAGCACUGAGGUUAAUGAUGGUGAAAAUUUAUACAAUUAUGCCAGAAGAAUAUUGGAAGAAUGAAAUCUCGUUGGAAGAUGCAUUUAAGGAGCUGCAUGCAUCGAAAAAUCCAGUGAUACGUGCGCAAUCCAAUAAACCCGAUCAUUUAAUUCAAAAAUAUAUAAUACUAGAUCAAAUUCCGAAGUUAAUGGAAGAGAUUGAAAAUAUGAUAGACGCUUGCGCUUGCGAUUCGCAGUUUCUCAGAUUCCUGGCGCAUCUAAUACUGUUUUUCAGACAGAUCGGGAAAAGUACAAAGGAUAAAGUCGAAGACAAAGUACUAUUGGCAUACGUUCGCGUCCUUAUUGAAAUGGGGGAUCCGACUUUAAUCGCAUUUUACACAGCUACGUUACCUCAAGAGGACCAAAUCACCAACUAUGCCUCUUAUUUAGAGACCGUCAAUGAGCAUGAACAGCGCAAGAAAUGUUUGCGCGCGGCGGAAGAUGCGAACUUGAAUGUAGAAGCGAUUACGAAAUUGGUGGUGGAAAAUAUACGUAAGAAAAACGUAGAAAUUGACCCGAUAGAUUUGAAAGGAACUGUCACAGAGGCAGAUAUGGAAAAGAUUAAUGGUCUGGAUUGGUUGAUUUUCUAUCAGAGUCAGAGAGAAGAAGCUUUGCGGCAAACAAACGCGCUUAUUAGAUAUUUCCUGACUAACGAAAAGCUUGAUGCGGCGCGAAAAGCAUUUAACAAGAUCCCAGCAGAUUCGAUUGAAUCUGUUAUGGUCGAGUAUCCGACAAUGGACUACACACUUACGAAUCUUACGAUAACCAAUAAUUUAUCAAAAAAAGCGGCCGCGUCCAUAAGGGAAUAUCUUUGUUAUAAAACGUAUCUGGAUGCUCAAGAAGGUUUCGGCGAAUGGUUCUCUCACUAUCAUCACGGUAAACCUACGCCACCGGAGGAAUUGUCGGCGUACGCCACGUUCACGGAAAAAGUUGCAUACGAUCACAGAAAGACGCAGUACAAUUUAGAAUUUGAAAGAUGGAAAUCUACGAUGCAGCAUCAUACGAAGGCUGUGAAACAGUUAUUAUUUAAUGUUUUAUUGUUCCCCGACGGCGGUUGGCUCGUCGAUUCAAAGGGUAGCAACGACGAGCCGUGCACGCCCGAAGACGAGCUUAGGGAACAUCAGCUGGAUAAGCUGCGCGAACUUUGUAUCCCGAAAGUCACACUUUUGCUUCAUUCGGUCAUGUCCGAAAUGAACGAGCACGACAGCUGCAUUCAACUGGCUGACAUAAUUUCCUCUGAACAGUAUCAACUAUACAAAGUAUUUUCAAAGGGAAGAUUACGCGAGGUUUUCAAAAAGAUCUGUGAAUCUUCUCUCGUCUUAAUGGACCAAAAGAAAGAUCCCUGGGGAUAUCCGAAGUGAAGUUUAAAUAUGUAAUAUAUUACUGUAUAAACUUACUGUAUAAUCUAUUUGUACAGUGUGACAUGUUAUUUAUAUCAGUCAGACGUCGCUGGCCUUUCUAGCGGUCGCAUUAAAUGUACAGACAAUCUUCAUUCUUUUUCCUUUUUUUUCUUUUUUUUAUAAAACCAGUUUAUUGUCAACCACAAGAAGUGAAUAUAAAAUUUGAUACAAUAUUCAA